CCUAGAGAAUAGAGAAGCUCGCUGCUGGUGAGGGAUAUGGCCAGGAUUCCUGGAAUUGGAAGAUCUUCAGCUUCGCCAUGUUUGGAGAACAAGGAAGAUAAUGAAAGUGAUGUGGCCCUUCUUAUACCCAAGGACCCUGACAGAGGACUUGCAGAGGAGCAGUCGGAAACAUCCAGCCUUGACCUGAGCAUGCAAGGCCCACCCUGCAACCUCCCUGCUGAGCUCAGCCUAGAUGACUUCAUCCCUGGCCACCUCCGGGCCCAUGUAGGGUCAUCCUCCCGGGGAACACGGGUGCCUGUGAUCCGGAAUGGUGGCUCCAACACCCUUAAUUUCCAGUUCCAUGACCCUGCGCCCAGGACUGUGUGCAAUGGCUACAUCCCACAGAGGAGAGAAGCUUCCGAGCUCUCAGACCCUGCAUGGUAUCAGACCUGGCCAGGCCCUGGCCCCUGGUCCUCUGAGAACUCGAAGGCCUCUCCACCACAGGAUGCCCAGAACUGGUCAGCCACAUGGACCAAGGACAACAAGCGGCGGGACAAGCGCUGGGUCAAGUACGAGGGAAUCGGGCCUGUGGAUGAGAGCGGCAUGCCCAUUGCCCCCCGAUCUAGCGUUGACAGCCCCAGAGACUGGUAUCGGAAAAUGUUCCAGCAGAUUCACCGGAAAAUACCAGACCUGCAGCCUGACUGGACCUUCCAGGACCCACCCAAAGUGAUUUCCUCGUGGAACUCCUCUGCAAACCCCAAGCAGCCAGGGCCACCGCAAAGAACAUCCUCCAGGCCAGGGGGCCCUGCAGCAGCUUCUGUCGGGAGAAGCUGGGACCACUCUGAAGAGUUACCCAGAAGCACCUUCACCUAUAAUCCUGGAGAACUGCCCUCAGAGCUCCAGCCCCCAAAUCAGGUGCCGAGAGAAAGACGCCGAGAGAAAGCAGAAAAUGUCUGGACAGAAGAUUCUUGGAACCAGUUUCUGCAGGAACUAGAGACUGGGCAGAAGCCCAAGAAACCGCUGGUGGAUGACCCUGUUGACAAACCCUCCCAGCGCAUCGAGGUCCUGCUGGAGAGAGAGCUAGCCAAGCUGAGCGCUGAGCUGGACAAGGACCUGCGGGCGAUUGAGACCCGGCUGCCUGCGUCCCCCCAGAGCGCGCAGGCGCCCCGACGGGCCCCGGAGCCGCGGCCGCCGGUCGGCCCGGCCUCAGCCUGGAACUUCAGCGCCCCGCAUGCACCUUACCUGGGUCCCACCCAACCCCUGAGCCCCCACAGAAUGGCGGAUGGAGGAGGAAGCCCCUUUCUAGGUCGGAGAGAUUUUGUCUACCCUUCCUCGGCCCGAGACCCUAGUGCCUCCCAACGAGGCUGCAGCCCAGCCAGAAAGGAAGAGAAGAAGAGAAAGGCUGCUCGGCUCAAGUUUGACUUCCAGGCACAGUCCCCCAAGGAGCUGACUCUGCAGAAGGGUGACAUUGUCUAUAUCCAUAAGGAGGUGGACAAGAACUGGCUGGAGGGGGAACACCAUGGCCGACUGGGUAUCUUCCCUGCUAAUUAUGUGGAGGUGCUGCCUGCAGAUGAGAUCCCCAAGCCCAUCAAACCCCCCACCUACCAGGUGGUGGAGUACGGAGAAGCUGUGGCCCAGUACAACUUCAAGGGGGACCUGGAGGUGGAGCUAUCCUUCCGCAAGGGGGAGCGCAUCUGCCUGAUCCGCAAGGUGAAUGAGAACUGGUAUGAGGGGCGCAUCUCAGGCACCGGGCGCCAGGGCAUCUUCCCUGCUAGCUACGUGCAGGUGUCCCGUGAGCCCCGGAUCCGGGUCUGUGAAGACAGCUCCCAGCUCCCUGCAUCUCCCCGCCUGACCACCACUGCCCAUCUGGCCCGGCACCCCACCUCUCCCUCAGUACCGUGCAACCCAGCUGACCCCACCGACUGGGGGGGCCGGACCUCCCCCCGCCGCACCGGCUUCUCCUUUCCCAUCCAGGAGUCCAGACCCCAGACCCAGAAUCUCAGCACCUCUGGGCCAUCCCUGUCCCACUCUCGAGGGUCCAGCCGUCCCCUGGACAUGGGAGCCUCCUCCCCCAACACCAUGCAGAUACACUGGACGCCGUACCGGGCCAUGUACCAGUACAGGCCCCAGAACGAGGAUGAGCUGGAGCUACGUGAGGGGGACCGAGUGGAUGUCAUGCAGCAGUGUGAUGAUGGCUGGUUUGUGGGUGUCUCCCGGAGGACCCAGAAAUUUGGGACAUUCCCUGGAAAUUAUGUAGCCCCGGUGUGAGUGGUCUCCAUGGCAACUUGGAGCCAGCCAGGAUGGGGUGGGGAGCAGUAGCACUCACAGGAGGGAGUAGGGUCCCCACAUCAUCCUCCCCCAGACCUGCUCUCCCAGCAUCUGCAGAGACCCCAGCAGCCUUCCCUUGGAGCCCCUUCAAAGCCCCAUGGACUGAUUCCCACCCACAACUCACAGGCAUUCCUCUGAAAGCCCCUUCAACCCCACCCCCGCUCCCCAAAUACAGAGGUCUGCUUUGAAGUGGAGACUGUUUCCAGGCCUUAUUAAGACCAGACUCCUAGCCUCCCACCCCCACCCGCCAUUGCCUUUCCUCUAACAGGGACCGGCUCCGGGCUUCACCCCCGUGGGGUUCCUCUAACAAGGACCAGCCUCCUAACCUGAUGCAGACCAAAGGCCUCCAGCGCCUGCAGGACUUCCUCCCCUUUCUCACCAGCUAGCCUGCUGCCCCUUUGCAUUCUGCCUCCAGCUGGGCCUGGGAGCGAGGUGGGGGACAGAUGCAGCCCCUUCUUAGCCUUCAAGCACUAGCAAGAGGUCUCGCCUCAAGGCCUCUGCUUCCCAGAGGCUGUCAAGGUCUGGGCCUGGGUUCUGCACAUCCUCCUGUGGCCACGGUGUCCAGCACCACUGGCCUCUCCCAGACAAUCCACAGGGAGACUUUGCUGCGCUCUUGCCUCCCAGCUCUCCUCUAUGUUAAAAGUCCCUCUGGAAGAUGAUGUAAAAUAAAUCUGGAUACCAGG